CGCGUUAUUCCUCUCCCCCAUUUGCACUUUAAUUUUGUCUGUGGUUUUUUUGAAGAGUAUAUAUUAUUAGCCAUGGAUCAUUCUUUCAACAGCGACAACAAUGGCAGCGACAACAAUGGCAGCGACACUAUCGAGCAGCCCCAGUACAGGCGGCACCUUGGACGUCGACGGAAUAGGCAGAUAGAUUCUGACUUUGGCACGAUCCAGAUGAGCAGCAGCUCUAGUUUUGGAAAUCGCAGUACGGACAAUGUCUCGCUGCAGCAGCCGCCCCGCCGCAUAGCGCCUGGCACCACGGCCGACACAACGACAAACAUUCCCGAAACAAACGUCCUGGCGCCCGGUGGAUGGGCGGUAAAUGACGGCACAGAGAUUCUGGCCGCACACAGACGGCCUUUGGCGCGGCGGCGGAUCCUGAACUGGGUCCUGCACUUUAUCAAGGUUGUUGUGCUGAGCAUCAUCGUCAUACUCCUGCUGGUCGCCGUAGGUGAUAAUGGAAUGCCGGCCCAUGCCGGCAAAUAUGACUCGAUGGAGUUUGAUUGGCAGCUCGACCCGCGGUCGUACUUAAAGCCGAUGAACCCGAAUUUCACACAGUACAAUAUUUUGCUCGACGCGCACUUGCACACGACGUACUCAGACGGCGUGCUGUCGCCCAAGCAGGCAGUCGAGUUUGCGCUGGCUAACGGGUACAACGCUGUCAUAGUCACAGAUCACCAGACGGUGGAUGGCGCAUUGGCAGCCAGGGCGUACGCCGAGGAGCACCUGCAGGGCCGCAUGACGGUGAUCCCUGGGAUGGAGUAUACGUGUUGCCGGAUCCACAUGAACCUCAUUGGAAUUAAUGAAUCGGUACCCGUGCACCCGCCAUCACCCUCGGAUGCCGAGCUGAAAGCGGUCAUCGACAAGGUGCACGGCAUGGGCGGGCUGGUUAUUGUCAACCACAUUCCGUGGUCUAACACCACGGUGCUGCCUUGGGAUGCACCGCGGCUUCCAAAUCAUCCAACGCGCGAGCAGCUUCUCGACUGGGGUGUCGACGGCUUCGAGGUGGUUAACCAAAAUACCGUUGACUUGCGCAGCUACCAAUUUGUCCAGGAGCACAGCAGCCGGCUCGUGGGUCUGACUGGCAGCGACAUGCACUACCCGGGUUCCUCCUACGCCUGGACGACCAUUAAUGCAAAAUCGACAUCAGCCAAAGACAUUCUCGAUGAAAUUCGCGCCCGCCGCACAUCCUUUCUUUUGGACGCCAGUGGGACGAGACCCGUCCAGGACCCGCCGUACAGCCAGUCGUACUUUAGGUAUGCACCCUGGGGCCUCCUGGGUGACUACUUCCACGGGUAUGCAGACCGCAGCCGCGGGAUGUACUCGUUCCAAGGGACGUUCUGUCAGGAAGAGGUGCUGGAUAUCCACAAUACGAUGAUCGGGUGGUUCUUCUUGUGGCUCAUCGUCUCGAUUGUCGUGCUCGAAAUCCUGUAUUGGUUCUUCCGCUGGCUCAUACUGCUGCUUGUCCGCCUGGCGAGGCGCAGGCGGUAGAAAUAAUUUUGAUCGGGAUCAAGAUAUUGAUUUUGGAUCAUGCACGUGAUUGUGGAGAUAAUAAGCGCAAAAGGGCUGGGGGUUUUCCUUCAAGUCAGGCCAUCGCGCGCUUAUCACCAGGGGACGUUCUUUGUGCGUGUGUGAAACAUGCGCAAUGAAGGACUAUUGGCUCGGGCAAACAGGAAACGAAUUCGACAUUUGAAUUCCAACC